AUGUCCGUGCACGGGGCUGGCAGCGUCCGUGAUGCCUGGGGGCUCCUCGGGUGGAGAGGUUGGUUGACCCAGGAACGCUUGCUGUCGGAGGUCCCAGCGCGGCUCGUGGAGCGGCGCCGGGACCCCCCGUUCUGCCUCGGAGAUCGGAGGGAGGGCGCCACCGCCCACGAGAUCCACCGGGCGAUCUCGCCCUGCUUGUCGGAGGUCCUCCUCGAGUUCGCCGAAGGCGACCUGGUCGCCGACACCCGGGUGACCCUGGCGGCGGAGCUGGCUGGGUUGAUCGAGAGGGGCGACCCCCGCCUGGAGCACCUGGCGAUCGUGCGCGCGGCCGUGGCGCGGGGCGAGCGCGCGCCGCGGCGCCCCUGGCCCGAGGAUGACAGCACUUGCAUCGUCGAGCGUGCGCCGCACAACGUGCGCGGCUGGUCGCUCAUGGUCUCGGUGCACUCCACCGCGGGGGACAGCGGCCUGGAGCUGAAGCUCGCCGCCCUCGACGUGGGCGGCUCAGGGGACGAGUUCCUGCUGCACCUGAGCUGCGCGGACCUCGAGGCGUUGGCGCCGGGAGCAACUGGCCUGCACCCCAGCGAGGCGGCGAAGGCCGUGAUGCCGUGCCUGCGGGUGGUGUCCCGGGCAGGGAGGCGGCUGCUGGUGGCGGCGCAGGAGAGGCGGUGGCGCCGCCGAGCGUGGCCAACGAGGUCGUGCCGCUGGUCGCCGAGCUCGGCAGGCUCUCCGCGGGGUACCGCAAGGCGCAGCGGGCGGUCGUCUACGAGAAGCAGCAGCUGA